CGGAUUAAUUUUUGAUUUAUUUAUAGAUGUUUUUCUAAGUAAAGCUGUUGCGGGCCAAUGUGGUACAGUCGUACAAUCCCAAACAGAAUAAAAGAUUUGUUUUGUGUAGUUCGUUUUUCGCUGUUUUCCGUGUUGUGGCGUCAUCAGUAUUUAAAUGGCUCUGAUUGGUCGAUAGACCAUCUCCAGGAUUUUGGGGCGGGACUACUGCUGCGUUCGAGGAAGGUGGGAAGUCGGAAUUUCCACGUAGGAUAAUUCGGACUUUCCCCGAAUGCCGCAUCGCUCCCGGAUCAAAAGAAUCGCUCGUCGUUCAUUCACGAUUGCAGACGUCUGACCGAACAAAUCAGCCAAGCUUUGCACUGCGAUGGCUGCACAGACAGCGCAUUUGACCGGGCUUUUCCCCCAAACAUGACUGUGCCUUUUGCAUGCGUCAGACGAACGGAAAGGACGUCGGGUCGACGAGGACGAAGAGGCGUUCAAGGCUUCGACUUGUCGAGGUAACAACAGCUGCAGCUAACGCGUCAUGCGGCGGGCCUGGCCAGUCCUGCCCACCCUGAUCCUCCUGUCGGAGCUGUCGCUCGCGACGGUCCGCGCGGCGCCGUGCCAGACCUGCCAGAAACUGGUGGAGAGUUUCAUCAAGGGCUUGGAGAGAACGGCCAACAAGAACUUUGGGGGAGGCAACACGGCCUGGGAAGAGGACAAGCUGGCCAAGUAUGCAAGCAGCGAGACUCGUCUCCUGGAGAUCGUGGAGAGCGCGUGCGACCAGACCGACUUUGAAUGCAACCGCCUGCUGGAGCGGAUCGAAGACCAGGUGGAGACGUGGUGGUUCCACAGGCAGCGGGAGGCGCCCGACCUGUCGGAGUGGUUGUGCAUCGAGCAGUUGCGCCUGUGCUGUCCUCGCGGACGCUUCGGACCCGACUGCAAAGAGUGUCCGUCGGGGCCCGGCGGCGUGUGUGGCGGUUUGGGCCGCUGCGAGGGCGAGGGCACCCGAACGGGGGACGGCCGAUGCGCGUGUGACCCCGGAUACGCCGGCCCGCUCUGUGGCGACUGUGCCGACGGCUACUACGCGGACAGAAGCGCCAACGCCACCUCCGGAGCCUGCGCAGCCUGCUUCCACUCGUGUAAGAAAUGCUGGGGCCCGCAGGACUACAAGUGCCUGGACUGCAAAGCGGGCUGGAUGCUUCACGACAACAAGUGCGUGGACGUGGACGAGUGCGGCACGGAGCUCUCCCGUUGUCCCUCCAACACGUAUUGUCACAACACGGACGGCUCUUACGACUGCAGAGGCUGCGACCAGGCCUGCGUUGGCUGCAUGGGCAGCGGUCCCGCCCGCUGCAAGAAAUGCGCGCGCGGUUACAAGCUGAGAGGAGCCAAGUGUCAAGAUGUGGACGAAUGCAUCGAAGGCGCGAUGGCGUGCCCGGGACUCAACGAGGCCUGCAUCAACGACUUGGGCUCCUUCCACUGUGACUGCGCCGACGGCUUCAUCAGGAGAGACAGCAUCUGCGUUGACAACAAAGCUCCCGCCGGUCCGGAGAAGGGCCUGUUUGACGACAUGACGGACGACGAGGUUCAGGUCCUGCAGCAGAUGUUCUUCGGCGUGGUCAUCUGCGCCUUGGCCACGCUGGCCGCCAAAGGCGACAUGGUUUUUACGGCCAUUUUCAUCGGAGGCGUGGCCGCCAUGGCCGGCUACUGGCUGACGGAGAAGGGCGACGACGUGCUGGACGGAUUCCUCAAGGCCCGCUAGGAUCAUUGACACGCCCACCCCCCCAACCCCGCACGCCGGCGUCGGCUCGGGGAGCCGCCCGCGAGGGCCUUUGCCGCGUUUUGUUUGCAUCGAUGCGAAGAUGCCGGAGGACGAGAUGAAGGUGACGCUGCGCACGCCUUUCAAAGGAAUUUGCGAGCUGGACUUUGUUGGGUUCGCCACUUCUGCAAACCACCACUACUGAUUGUUCAUAUCGGCGACUGCAUUUACUCAUCUGCAAAGUGGCUGCUGCCCCCCCCCCUCCCUCUCCCCCUUCAAUCAGGACCACCCCCUCCUCCUCAUGUCCGGUUUUGUUCCUGAUGCAGUGUAGCUCAUCACCACUCAAGCAGGAAUGUUUUGAUUGCAUUCCGGUGAAAUGAAUCUUUCUUUCUUUGUUGUCUCUGGCAUGGAGGACACCCCGCCGCAGGAUGGCAUUGUUGCGGCUGCUUUGAAGGGAAACGCUUCAAUCAUGAGGAUGCAAGCCAUUUGUGUUGCCUGGAAUUGAUUUGGAAAGUUCUUUGCUUUGCAGCACCCAAAAAGUUCAUUCUCCGCUUGGCGUUUUCCUUUUCAAUAAACGCAACACAAGAGAAG